AUGCAGGUAUAUCUGUCACUUAUUCUUUUGCUACGUUUGGUGGAAAGCUCGUAUAUAAGUUUCAUAGCGGAUAAUGCCGACAAUGUACUAGAAGCCGAUGUGAUUGAGACUUUAUCAUAUGCAACAGUAACGGUGGGUGAGCCUUAUGUUGCACAAUCCAAAGUUAUAACAAGAGUAUCAGCAUCUCCACAAAGCUCACUAACAAUCCCAUCGCAUAAUAAAGCAGUUACUUCUACAAAUACACCACAAAGUGGUAUUGAUUCUACUAUAGGUACAACGGUUCAAAGCUUAUCGUGGCUAUCGAACUAUGAAAGCAAACUUUCUCAAACUUUUACUAUAGAUUCUGGUAGCAAUCUUAUUGCAACUGGGUCGAGCACAAAUCCAAUUGCUACCUUAGAAACUACAGGCUCUGGUAGAGAUUAUAUUGCAACUGGAUCGGGUACAAACUCAAUUGAUACCUCCGAAACCAUCGGCUUUGCAGGUGAUUUUACUACAAGUUCAGGUGUAGCUUCAAAUGUUUCCAGUGUAUCGCCAACGGGUAAAAUUGCCACAUUAUUAUCUCAAACUGGUACAACCUCAACCUCGACGCUAUUUUCUUCUUAUUCACUUGUUACAGGGACGAAGUUAAAUGGUACUUACUUGACAUCUAUUUCAGUGGGUACGAAUAAUCCAUUGGUAACACAAAUCCCUUCCUAUUCAUCCCAAGAAACGGAAAUCAUUACUUCCUCACUGACAUCAAAUAAAACAAUAUACACAGUCACUAUUAGCACAAAUACAGCUACAGCGGCUAAUGGGACAACAUCCGGUAUAGAUUCGACUCAACUUUCCCCCACUCCUCUUUACCCAUCAAAUUCCACACAAAUUUCUCUACAUCCAACGUCGUCUUCAACAAAUUCGUCUUCGAAAGUAAAUCCUCUACGCUCAUCUAAUUCUACUCAAGUUUUGUUCUCUUCAUUAUCUUCUUCGACUGUAAGUCCCCUUUAUCCCUCAAAUUCGACACAAAGCUUGCAUUCUCAAUCAUCAUCUUCGACAGAAAGUCCCUUUCCCUCAUUUUCGUCUUCGACGCUAGCAACUGUUUAUUUGUCGUCUUCGUCUGCGCUAGAAACUGUUCAAUCAUCUUCGCCUUCGUCGCCAGCAAGCAUUUACUCAUCAUCGUCUUCGACACAAACAAAUACUCACACAUCUUCUUCGUCAACUUCAUUAAGCAGUAUCAUCACCACUACGAAGAACCCUGCAACUACGACUAUUGUGAACCUUUUCAAUGCUGUUUCAACGAAUGAACCACCUACCGUUUUUGAGAGGGCUGCAAAUCCUAUGUCGUUGGCCGAUGGAGUUUCAAACAGCGGGCCUAUUCAAACAAACAAAUUUUAUACAAAUUUGAUCGUUGGUAGUCAGGAAUCCGCUGCAUUUGUUUAUCCUUACUCGUUAUGGAAGUAUACAUCCUCUAAUAACUAUGGUUUCGCCGUUCAACAUACAACUGUUGACCAAUAUACCUUCGGUAAUUACGACAGUUCCGGUAACUCGGAAUACUUGAUAAAUCCCUUAGGAAUUGCGCAGGUUGUUCUCUCUGCUUCCGAUUUUGAUUCAAGUAUGACAAUGGAAGUAGACGAAAUGACUUUUUCUUCAACAAGAGUUCUUCUGUCGGAGUCUAAUGAUUCGUCAAAUUAUCUGGAAAUUCCUCUGGUUCAAGGUAUGGGGUUUGCGACCGGUAUAUAUCACGGCUCUCUGACUGCCAAAAUUGGCUCUAGUAUUGGCUUCAAUACCUUUGUUUCUGAAUCAUCCAGCAAUUUAGCCCAAGGAGUUUUGAAAUAUCGUAUCAAGCUCUUAAAUGAUGUCACUUGGUUAUGCUACGUUAUAGGGCCUGACGAUUUAACUUCUUCUGAUUUCUCCUUGCAGGUGACAUCAGAGAAUGAAAUUGAAGCUAACACGAGUGUAGAUGGUCUAAUCAUUCAACUGGCGGUUGCCCCUUCUGAAACAGACUAUGAGGUUUAUUACGAUCAAGCGGCAGGUAUGUACGUCACUGAUUUCCAAGUCCGUGGUGUUUCAGAUGGCUCUUCUGCUACCUAUGAAUUCUCAUAUACCACUCAAGGUGAGUCAGCUUCAGCAUGCACAAUGAUUUUUGCUUUGCCCCACCAUGAAUCUUCUUUAAGUGACAUAAUGCAAAACUCCUACACUGGUAUUCAACUUCUUUCAACAACUAAGGGACUAAUGAAGGGUUACUUAACUACAGCCUUACAAUUUUCAGCAUCCUUAAACAAACAAGUAUCGUGGCUACCAUGGUCCUCUCAACUUGGCACCACUCCAUUAGAGUACUCUGCAGAGCAAUUGCAACUGCUAGCUGAAGUCGCUAAUACUGAACUUCAAGUCAGUAUUUCAGAAAGUAUAAGUGGUUUGAACACCUAUUAUCUGGGUAAAGUGAUUGACAAAUACUCUUAUAUUCUUUUAACAGUGUCUGAAAUUAUUCAAGAUGAAGCUACCACCAAAAGUACUCUAGAAAACAUUAAAGCGGCUUUUGAUAUUUUGCUACAAAAUGAACAAUUAUAUCCCCUAGUUUAUGACACAAAAUUCAAUGGUUUAGUCAGCUCAGGAGACUGGGCGUCGACUAGCACACAAUACGAUUUUGGUAAUACCUAUUACAAUGAUCAUCAUUUUCAUUAUGGUUAUAUUAUUCAUGCAGCUGCUGUAAUCGGUUAUGUUGAUUCUAAAUUUGGCGGCACUUGGGCCACUGAUAAUAAAGAUUGGGUCAAUUCCUUGGUUAGAGAUGUUGCAAAUCCAUCAGAUAAAGACCAAUACUUUGCACAGUCGAGAAUGUUUGACUGGUUUAAUGGGCAUUCUUGGGCAGCUGGACUAUUUGAAAAUGGAAACGGUAAGAACGAAGAAAGUAGUAGCGAAGACUACAAUUUUGCUUAUGCUAUGAAAUUGUGGGGAGCAACUAUCGGUGAUAUUUCGAUGGAAUUGAGAGGUGAUUUAAUGAUUAGUAUAAUGAAGGACUCGAUGAACGAUUACUUCUAUUAUCAAGACGAUAAUACAGUCGAACCCGAAGAAAUCAUCGGGAAUAAAGUGAGUGGUAUUUUGUUUGACAAUAUUAUUGAUUAUACCACUUAUUUUGGAACAAACACAGAAUAUAUUCACGGUAUCCAUAUGUUACCAAUCACACCAGUUUCUUCCAAUAUUCGUUCAGAAUCCUUUGUCAGUGAAGAAUGGCAAACGAAAAUAUCGCCAAUUAUCGCAUCGCUAGAAAGCGGCUGGGCAGGUAUACUGAGAUUAAAUCAAGCACUGUUUGACCCAGUCGAUUCUUAUACAUUUUUCAGCGAUUCGGACUUUGAUUCAGCCACAUAUCUGGAUAAUGGAAUGAGUCGCACAUGGGCAUUAGCAUUUUCGGGUGGACUGGCAAACUCUAUCGCUUAG